GAGCCUGAACUCAUAGCAGAAUACUCCAUUCACUGCAGAAGUUACAUCUAUACUACUCUUUUCUUCUUCCUGAAAUAUUUGUUUGUGUACAUAAGCAAUAACUGCAAAUGAAUCUUAAGCAGAUAAGCUGCCAAGUUUCCUUGUUCGAAAAACGUGGUAUUUAACAUCAGAACUUGUAAUUGUAGCCUGUAAGAUUUGGGAACCAAAUCCUAGUCAUGGUGAUAUCUUGCAGGUCAUUGUUUAUUCCUCUCAGUGUCUCAUCAAGACACAGAGUAGCACACCCUCUCACAGAAACAGAAGGCCAAUGUGGGUCUCGCUUAAAAGCCAACAAAAUCUCUUCUUCACUCCACCCGAUACGCUUCAUCAGCGCAGUUUUCUUCUUCCAAGUAAAAUCACUCAUUGUUAUCAUCACUCUAACAGCAUGUACAAACAUUCGAGACGUCGGAUGAAGGCUCAGAUUUUUAACAGAAUUCACUGUGCAUUAUAGCUCUUCGCUGCAAAAUAACAAAUUUUUCUGGACUAUCAGGAGGCACACCCUCUUUUCUUGAGAAAUCCAUAUUUGGUUACAAUGUACCCUUCAAAUCAAACGUCAGCAACCAUGAAUAACGCUUAAUAGCAGCUACAAUUUUAUCAUUACUAUCAAUAGCAGACCUCACCAACUCAAAAGUUGGUUUGAUGUGAGAAUCCCUUCUCAAAAUUACCGGAUUUGACACGAUAAGCUCAGGCAGAAGUUCACCCACAAAAACAUUUCUUCACGAGGUACUCGAAUUUGGAUUGGAGAUCGUCUUUUGCUUUCAAUAGAGGACUGUGGGCUGCUUUGCAAUCAAAUUGGCCAAAUAGGUAUUGCUGAAGUUGUGAGCUUUCUUAGAAAUCUAUAUAGAUUAAGCCCUCUGUUGGUUAUUUUUGUCGAACUGAAACUUCCGGGAGGCUGAAAGAGCACAUUAUAAGGGAAGCCCACAUGAAUUCACGAGGCAUUGAACCGUAAAUGACGAUGACGAAGGUUGACCGGCAAUGGAGAAGUGGAAAAGGGUGUUGCAGAUGCAAGCAGAAAACGUAUUUGUAUCCGAGAAAGAAAGUUUCUGAUAAGGGUAUUGGCCAUUCUGGAAGCAAAGUGCCUUUAGAACAAGAAUACGAAGACCAUAUUUAGAAUGGACAAUGCCUAGCUUUGGUAUUUCGAUUCAAAGGGAGAUGUCUGCGAGGGUUUCCUGAUGCAGAGAAAUGGGCCGAGUUUUGCUAGAGUAAUAGAAAAUCCGUCACCGGAAUAUCUGUUUUUAUUUAAAAAAGGCAUUUUUUUAUAUAAAAAUAUUAAUUUAUAAUUUGUAAUUUUCUUAAUUUUUUUUAAUGAGUUUAUUUUUUCACUUCCUUCUUGUCGUCCCCGAUCUUAAUUUUGAUAGCUUGCGUUUCUGUGAACGUGGAAGAAAGGUCACAGAAAAGACGCCAUGGAGAGGGCACAUCAAUAUCGUCACCAACACCGAAGCCGAAACUCUUCAUCCUCUCAUUCUUCUUCUUCUUCUUCUUCUCUGAACGAAUCAUCGCGCUCCACCCCACAUAACACAAAUAGCACCAAAUUCUCUCGCUUUAACCCAAACACUAGAAGCAACCAUGGACCUAACAACACAACGGGUCCCCGUGAUGGCCCCGAGUGGAAACCUAGAAGAGGAUCAAGUAGCAGUAGCAAUACCCACCAUCAGAAUUUGAAAACAGGAGCUCAAGCAGAUGAAGUAGUAGUAAAAGACGAGGAUUCUUCCAGUUUUCCAAUUCUAAUUGGAACUUGCCCUUUUAUGUGCCCAGAGGGUGAAAGGGCACAACGAGAGCAGCUGCGAGACUUAGCUGUGUUUGAGAGGCUACAUGGAAAUCCAAGGAAAACGUCUCCAAGCCUAGCUGUCAAAAAGUUUUGCAGAACUAUAUCAACCAAGCACACACAGACAUCUGAUGUGCGGCCACUCCCAGUAUUGGAAGACACUUUAAGCUACCUUUUAAAGUUGGCAGAUUCUACAGACCAUCCUUAUGAAGUAGUUCAUGAUUUCAUCUUUGACAGGACAAGGUCCAUAAGACAAGAUCUUAGCAUGCAGAAUAUAGUCAAUGAUAAGGCAAUCUACAUGUAUGAAAAAAUGGUUAAAUUUCAUGUAGUAUCUCACCAUAAGCUUCGAUGCUGUGGUAGCAGUGCAAAUGUUUCCUCAGUGCAUUAUCUCAACAUGGAGCAGCUUAUAAAGGCUCUGACAUCUCUAUUUGAACUGUAUGAUGCAAAUCGAAAUGCCAAUUCUAUUUAUGAAAACGAGGCUGAGUUUUGUUCACUUUAUGUGCUGCUUCAUCUUGAUUCUAGAAGCCAAUCAACGGGGGAGUCACUUUCUUUGUGGUUUAGACAUGUGCCUCGUCCAAUUAUCAAGUCAGAAAAGAUGUGUUUUGCCAGGAGUAUUUUACGAUCUUUUCGCAUGGGCAAUUACAAGCUAUUCUUUUGCACCAUAGCUGCUAAGGCGUCCUAUCUGCAGUAUUGUAUUAUUGAAUCUUACAUUAAUGAGGUUCGAGCUUUAUCUUUGUCAUGUAUAAAUAAUGUUGGCUACAAGCUCCAUCCAUAUCCUUUGGUACAUCUAUCAAAGCUUUUGAUGAUGAAGGAAUCAGAUCUGGAACAAUUUUGCAAUGCUUGUGGCCUUGAGACCAGCACAGAUGAAAUGGGAAAUAAGUCGUUACCCACCAAGCAAACAACAUUCUGCGUUCCCAAGGGAGGAUUUCAAAGCAGUAACUUUCCUGGUUUGGAGCAGUUUGAGAGGUAACUUAACAUGUGCAGACAUAUGGAGCAAUUCUGUGUUCAGAGGCAUUUUAGUGCACAAGGGAAGUCUGCACCUAACCUUGAUGUAGAGCAACGGCUUGGAGGAUUUUUCAUGUAUUUGAUAUCAUGUUUUAGGGUGCCUUAAUGCUAGGUCAUUUGUACAAAGAAAAUAAUCAUUUGCCAUCUAAUUAAAAUCGGUUUUCCUAUGAGAGAUUAAUCGGCAAAGAAUGAACUCCAUACCCAGUUACUCCAUUGUUCUGCACCCAUUAGUGUAAUCUGUUUGUAAUAAAUAGUAGCUUGGAGAGGAAUACCUGAUGUAUUUGAUGUCUUGCACACUUGUGAUUAUCAAUUAUUUUGAAUUCUUAAA